AUGAAGAGUGAGAUGAAUAGAAAUUACUCAGAGAUGACUGAGUUUGUUCUCUUGGGAUUCAGCAACUCCCCAGAGCUGCAGAUCCUCUUAUUCUUAGUGUUACUGAUGAUAUACAUGGUCACUCUGGUGGGAAAUGUCAGCAUGGACAUUGUCAUUAAGGUGGAUUCCAGACUUCACACACCUAUGUAUUUCUUCCUAAGAAAUUUAUCCUAUUUAGAUCUCUGCUAUUCCACCGUCAUUGCUCCCAAAACUUUAGCCAACCUCCUGACUGAUGAAAAGAAAAUUUCACACUAUGGCUGUGCAGCCCAAUUUUUCUUCUUUGCCCUGUUUGUCACAGCUGAAUGCUUUCUUCUGGCUGUCAUGGCAUUUGAUCGCUUCUCGGCCAUUUGCUUCCCUCUCCUUUACCCUGCACACAUGUCCCAGAAAGUCUGUGUUCAGUUGGUAACUGGAUCCUAUACCUGUGGAUGCAUCAACUCCAUGGUACAAACGGGUUUCACCUUUAGUUUGCGUUUCUGUGGAGAAAACAGACUGGACCACUUCUUCUGUGAUGUCUCAGCCCUGAUCAAGAUCUCUUGUGUUGACACUUUUGUGAAUGAAACUGUACUGUUUGUUCUCUCUGCUCUCGUCAUCAUCACCACCACAACUGUCAUUCUAGUUUCCUAUGCUUAUAUUCUCUCUACUGUCCUGAAGAUCCCCUCCACCCAUGGCAGGAGUAAGACCUUCUCCACCUGUGGCUCCCAUAUAGCGGUGGUGAGUUUAUUUUACGGAACAGUGUUCUUCAUGUAUGCCCAACCUGGGGCUAUCUCCUCACCAGAGAAAAAUAAGAUUGUAGCUGUGUUCUACACACUCCUAAUACCAAUGCUAAACCCUCUAAUAUAUAGUCUGAGAAACAGAGAUGUGAAAGAUGCUGUGAAAAUAAUAUUAUGUAGGAAAUGA